AUGGGGGAUAUCAAGGACAUCCUGGGCGUGCCCCGGGAUGGCCUGCCGCCGGCGGCAAAGUCCAAAAAGUCCAAGGCGCCUAAGCUGGUCAAGCCCAAGGGCAUGAGCAGGCAAGGCACUGGUGGAUGGGCCGCUUGGCCUCGAUGGGAGGCGUUUGCGCUGCUGAGCGGCAGCCACCCGCUCAUGCCCUCCCAGCUCAUGGGAGACAUCCGCAAGAAGGAGGGGGUGGCGGGGCUCAAGGAGAAGGCGAGGAGGGACCCACGUGGCGUUGUGACUUUUCAGUGGCGCAAGUUCCGCAACCCGGCGCGCGGCGACGACCUGGAGCUGGAGCACUGGGUGAAGUGCUACCGCGACGCGCGGGGGCGGGUGACGCCGGCAGACGCGGGAGAGUACUCGUUCGCAAAGUUCAACAAAAAGCCCCCCAUCAUGCGGUACAACGACGAGGAGUACAAGAGCCUGAUCAAGAAGGAGGCGGGGUGGUCCCGCGAGGAGACCGACUAUCUGCUGGACAUGGCGGCGCGCUACGAGCUGCGCUUUGUGGCCAUCGCAGACAGAUACGAGUUCCCUGGGGCGCCGGAGCGCAGCAUCGAGGACCUCAAGGCCCGCUACUACUCCGUCGCGCGGCAGCUGCUGGUGGGGCGCGAGGGCGGGCCGGAGUCUGUGGCCAACAACACGCUGGUGCGGCACCCCUUCAACCCGCAGCACGAGCAGAAGCGCAAGCGCGGGCUGGAGCUGCUCAUGCAGCGCAGCCGGGAGCAGGACGAGGCGGAGAACGAGAUCCUGCAGCGCGCGGCGCAGAUAGAGGCCAAGCGCAAGGCGGAGGCAGCGGCGCGGCGCGCGGCCGCGGGGCCCUCCGCGGCAGCGGCGCCGGGAUCCCAGGGCCCCGCUGCGCCUGCAGCACGAGAGGUCACCGAGUUCACAAACGAGGAGGCUCCCGGCGUGCCGCCGCUGUUUGACGAGGAGGCGCAGCCCAAGGAGCCCGAGAAGGGGGCGGUGGCGAGGGGCGCUGCCGCGCGGGAGCUCGUGGAGGCGGUGGCCGCCAAGCAGCUGGGCAAGGCGGCCAAGGCGCUGGAGGGUGCCCUCCAGGAGAUCAAGAUGGACGCGUUCCCUCGCUGCACGACACGCGCCGUGUGUGGUGCAUACAUCUCCCUGCAGAAGGAGGUCAUCGAGCUGCUGGAGCUCAAGCGCUCGGUGCAGGCCAAGCAGCACCUGCUGGCCGGCAUGAAGCGGGCCAAGCGGGAGGAGGAUGUGGACGAGACGCCUCGCAGCGAGAAGCGGCAGCGCAUGGGCAAGUAGGGAGGAGGGCGAGGCGCGCCGGCGGCCCCGAGCGGCAGCUCGCGGCGUGGGCAAGCAGCGAGGAGCUGCAGGAGCAGCCUGCCAUGGUGUGCGCCGCGCGGCGCGCCGGCUCUUGCGCCCGGCUCCUGGCGACGGUAGCUUGGCGCUGUGCAGCGUGCUGGCUGGCGUCGCUGUUUGUGU